AUGACCGCUCAGAGUCAGCACAGUCCUCAGCAGUGCGCGUUAGCAGAGCUGAGCUCUCGCUCAGCAUUACGACCCAAGGAGAAGAAACUGCUGACCCGACUGCAAGACUACACGCAGCUCUGCGUUUUAAAUGUUGGAUUACAGAGGCAUCCGUGUUUAGUUGAAGUAUACUGCUUGCUGUCAGUAAAUGCUGCGGCGCUGGCAGAGUAUUUCCAGCUCCUGGCUGUUCAUUGAAAGAAUUACCUGAACAAUCUGCAGUUUUAUUGCUUUCUUUACUAUGUGACUGACCUGAAUAAGGACCAGAUCAUGCUGCUGUUCGACUUGAUGGACCGAAACAGGAUGGGGAGGAUUUGCUUUAAUGAGUUCUACAUGGUGGGAUGCGUCCUCCUGUCGCACGAGUUGUGUACCCUGUGGGCUCUGGAAUCAAACCAUGUUGAAAAGCAGUUCAUCCACCAGCAUGCAGGACCUGCCUUUCGACUGCUGGACAUGAGAGGGGAUAAUAUGAUUGAUUUUAAUGAGUUUGAAGCCACAAGGUUUCUCUUCAACAUCCAGAAAGAAGAACUUAAGAUAUUCAAGGACUUUGAUACUUCCGGAGAUGAGAAACAUUACGAGUGCCGUACCUUGGCUUCUGCCUGUGCCAAAAGCAGUCAUGGAGAGGCCAACGCCAGAUAA